AUGACCUCCAGUCAGAAGACAGAGCUCUCGGCCCAGACCCUUUCUGGGGCGGGCUCCGGCGGGCAGGACCUGGCAGAGUCGGAGCUGGAGCUCCGGUGGCUGGAGCUGGGCUCCGAGGAGGCCCUGGAGGCGGCCCUGGAGGCGCGGCCUGAGGGCCCUGGCGGGCCGCUGCUCCAGGCGGUGUGGCGGGGCCCCCUGGGGUUGGUGAUGCGGCUGCUGCAGCAGGGGGCCAGCCUGGAGGAGAGGGACCGCGCAGGACGCACGCCGCUGCACCUGGCCGUGCUGCGCGGCCACGCGCCCCUGGUGCGCCUGCUGCUGCGGCGCGGCGCGCGCGCGGGCGCGGCGGACCCGGCGGGGCGCACACCGCUGCACGAGGCCGCCUGGCACGGGCACUCGCGGCUGGCCGAGCUGCUGCUGCGGCGCGGGGCGCCCGCCUCGGCGCGCACCCGGGCGGGCCUCACCCCGCUGCACUGGGCCGCCGCCCUGGGCCGCGCGCUGCUGGCCGCGCGCCUGCUGGCCGCGCCCGACGCCGACGCGCGAGCCGCGGACGCGCGCGGCUGGACGGCGGCGCACUGGGCCGCGGCCGGCGGGCGGCUGCCGCUGCUGGAUCUGCUGGCCGCGGCCGGCGGCGCGGACCUGGACGGCGCCCUGCUCGUGGCGGCCGCGGCCGGGCGCGGGGCCGCGCUGCGCCUGCUCCUGGCGCGCGGGGCCGCCGUGGACGCGCGGGACGGCGCGGGAGCCACGGCGCUCAGCCUGGCCGCGGGCCUGGGGCGCCGGCAGGACUCGGAGCAGCUGCUGGCCCACGGAGCGGACCCGACCGCCAGGGACAGGAGCCGCCGCUCCGCGCUCCACAAGGCCGUGGCGGGCGGACACCUACCCGUCGUCCGGCUGCUCGUAGACUGGGGGGCCGAGGUGGAGGCCCGGGACUCCCUGGGCCUCACCCCCCUGCACUACGCCGCUCUGGGCGGCCACGUGGAGGUGGCCGGCCACCUCCUGGACAGGGGCGCCCGGGUCAAUGCUGCUGCCUGGCUGCACCGGACACCCCUGCGCCUGGCCGCGGAGCGGGGACACGGCCCCACCGCCCAGCUUCUGCUGAGCCGCGGGGCCCGCCCCUCCCUGCCCUCGCAGGGGGCUGCAGCGGCGCUCACGUCCGUGUCCGAGGAGGGCCUGGGGGAGCGGCCCGGCCCGGGCACCCCGCCCCGCCGGCCGUGA